AUGGGAUGUGCUGUAAGGCUUUGUCCCUAGUUUUAUAGCAAGCUGCUACACAACACGUGGAAAUGAAUUCGCAUCCACGACGCAUCCGCCUAAAACCAUGGCUUGUAGCCCAGGUGGACAGUGGGAAUUACCCAGGAUUACACUGGGAGGAUCAAGAUCGCAGGCUAUUUCGAAUUCCAUGGCGCCACGCAACCCGCCACAUACCCGUACAAGAUGACGAGAACACCAUAUUCAAGGCUUGGGCAGUGGAAACUGGGAAGUAUCAGGAAGGAGUGGAUGAACCUGAUCCUGCCAAGUGGAAAGCUAAUCUUCGCUGUGCCCUGAACAAAAGCAGAGAGUUUAAACUUCUCUAUGAUGGUACAAAAGAGACCCCCAUGCAGCCGUUCAAGAUCUACCAGUUAUGCGACAUUCCAAGCCAGAAUGAAGAGCAGCUUGCUGAUGACAAUGGCUGUGAGGAUGAGGAGGAGAUCGAUCACAUAUUCCCAAGGCUCGGUAUUAAAGAUCUUCCUCAAUAUGUUUGGCCUAAGCCAGAACCUGGAUUCAUCAGCUCCUGUGUAAAUAAUGAUUUUCGUGGACCUCGGGAGCUCAUACAACACAGCUUGUCGCCCCCAGAUCCUGCUGUAACUCCAGUAGCCUCAGGGGCAUACCCUGGUGUGGACCUUUCCCCACAAUGCCUGGUUUCACAGGCUGGGGUGUUGCCUCUCCCAGAAAUGGUUCCUGCCCCGCUAGAUGCAGAGCUGCCCAUACAAAGUGCAAUUCCCACACCUAUUGAUCAAGGCAUUCCAGAACUACUCAUCAGCCCCCAGAUGCUUCCAUUGACUGACUUGGAAAUAAAGUUCCUGUACAGAGGGAAGCAGUCUGGGUCCAUGAUUGUUAGUAACCCUCAUGGGUGCCGUCUCUUCUACAGCAACAUAGAACCUACCCCAGAGCAGGUGGAGCUGUUUGGUCCUACUACCCUGGAACAAGUUCGCUUCCCUGGUACAGAUGGCAUUGGUAACGAGAAACAGAGGUUCUACACCAACCAUCUGCUUGAUGUAAUGGAUCGAGGGCUUAUCCUGUCACUGCAAGGUCAGGAUAUUUAUGCCAUCCGCCUUUGCCAAUGCAAGGUUUUCUGGUCUGGACCCUGUGCUAACAAUGUUGAUAGCCCAAACCCAAUUGAGAGAGAGAAGAGGAUCAAACUCUUCAGUCUGGAAACCUUUCUUAAUGAACUCAUUGCCUGUCAGAAAGGACAAACCAACUCACUGCCUCCAUACGAAAUAUUCUUCUGCUUUGGGGAAGAAUGGCCAGACCAAAAACCAAAGGAGAAGAAGCUGAUCACUGUUCAGGUAAUCCCUGUAGCAGCUCGCCUGCUCUCUGAGAUCUUCACAGGGGAGUUGUCCUGGUCAGCCGAUAGCAUUAGGCUGCAAAUCUCUCACCCAGACCUCAAAGACAAAAUGGUGGAGCAGUUUAAGGAACUGCACCAGCUAUGGCAGAGCCAGCAGGCUCAAGCCAUGGCCGCUAACGUGGUGGGACCCAACCCAGGGGGAGAUGUAUGGCCUAUGCAAACGUGAAGAAUGCAAUAAAUAGAAGCACUCGUCCUGCACACACUCCGGACAGAUGGGAGGCCUGUAUUUUUAAGAUGACACUGAAAUGGUUCCUUGGUGAUUAUAGCUGGAACACAGAGAGGCCUGUUUCCAGAUUUGCUACUACUGCCUGCCUGCUGUGUGGACAGACGGGAGGUAGAAAUCUGGACAGUGUGUAUAUGGUUUUUAUUUUACUUCUGUGUACGCUUUGUUUUUAUAGCAUCUUAAAGACACCCGUUAAGUCUUUUUGAGGACAUUGGGGGAAAAAAGUAAGCACAUCUCCUCCACAAGAUAUGUAUCCUCUUUUCAUGUAUUGCAUUUCCAUGCUUGGGAUGGGAUAGUUGGCAGCUGUCUCCAGGCCAGCAACAAAGCAUUUCUCCAUAGUAUGACGACUUGUAAAGCUUAGAACUAUGGCACUGUGAAGGACAAAACCAUGAUUAAAACAAUUUAAUUUUACACCUGCCCUUUGCAUUUUGUUGCAAAAUGUCAUGCACAAAGUCAGUGUAACAGUCUUUUGUUCUAUGUCCCCCCUCACACUGUUGUUUUU